AUGUUACUACAAAAGCGUAAACCGUCAUAUGACGUAUUAACUCUUCGUAUUCAUCAUGGUAAAUAUAAAAAUCCAAAUAUAGAAGAGUUCAAUCAGAAUAACGAACAUAACAAAAAAUCUGUGAAUAAAUCUUCAAGAAAAUAUGAACAAACAAAAAAUUUUUGGCGACGAAUUUCAAAAAAUCAAAAAGCAGGAAAAUUUGUUGCUAUUAUAAUGGGCGUAUUUAUUAUUUGUUGGUUACCAUAUCAUGUUUAUUUUCUAUUGAGUGGUGUUUUUGGUUGGCGUUUAAAAGAUGAACAAAAUCAUGAAUUAUUAUUCAAUAUAUUUUCAUGUGUUUCAACAGUUACAUCAAAAUCUCUGGUAAUGACAACAAAAACAACGACUAUGACAAGUAAUCAACAUUAUAAUUCAUCAACUUGUUUAGAAGAAUUUUCAAUAGAUUUUGUUAAUAAUCGAUUAAAUAUUGAUAACAACUCUUCUAAUAUUUAUGAUAAAAUCAAUGAAAAAAACGAUAAUAAAACAUCAUUAUCAUUAAAUGAGAUCGAUGAAUAUUCAUUAGAAACAUCAAUAAGAAAAAAUUUAUCAACAGAAUCUAUUCCAUUAGUUCUUAUCUGUGGUGUUUGUGGAGCACCAGCACAUGGUUAUAAUUUUGAUCAAAUUACUUGUGAAUCAUGUAAAGCAUUUUUUCGUCGAAAUGCUUUAAAAAAUACGCUUCAAUUUAAAUGCCGUUUUGAUGGUACUUGUGUUAUAAAUAUGCGUAAUCGUCGUCAAUGUAGUUAUUGUCGAUUAAAAAAAUGUUUUGAUAUUAAAAUGCGAAAAGAUUGGAUACGUACUGAUGAAGAACGUCGAUUACGACAAUUAAAAAAUUUAUAUAAACAACAAAAACAUUUAAAUAAAUUAUCUUUAGAUGAACAACAAUCAGUUAUAAAUUUUUCAUUAGUUUUACGAAAAAAAAAACGUAUUAAAUCAUUAAUUACAAAACAAUUAAUAGAAGAUCAUACUAUUUCAAAAAUUGAAUCAAUUUAUCCUAUUAGUACUUUUGCAAUUCAUCGUAAUUUAUCUGAUGAUGAUAGAUUUAUAUUAAAUAAUAUUAUAAAUGCAUAUAAACUUGGAGCUGAUCAAGCUGAUUAUUCUCAUUUUAAUCGAUGUACAUCAUCAACAACUUUAGUACAAUUUUUAAAUGAUGAAAGUAUUAUGUAUGAAUCAUUAAUUUAUUUUUAUAAACAAAUACCUGAAUUCAAAACAUAUGAUUUAAAUGAUCGAAUAUUAUUAAUUAAAUGUAAUGUAACUAAAACAAUACAUUUACAUCAUAUAAUUGUAGAAAAUUUUCAAGAAAUUGAAUGUAUGAGUGAACAUAUAUCUCGAUGGAUAAGUCAAAAUUUUCAUGAACAAAUGUUUAAAAUACGAAGAAAAUUUUAUUGUUUUAUGAAAUAUCCACUUAUAUUAAAAAUAACAUUGAUUAUAUUUAUAUUUAGUAUGAAUUUAUCAAUACCAUAUCCUAAUAGUCAAUUUUCAAAUUAUAAAAAUAAAUAUAAAUUAUAUGAAAGUCAAAAUUUUUAUAUUUCAUUACUUUGGCGUUAUUUAAAUUAUUUAUUUAAUGAAUAUGAAACAAUACGAUUAAUACAUUUUAUUGUUACACAAAUUUUACAUUAUCAAACAUUAAUGAAUACAAUGGAUGAAAUUAUAAAUAAAAAUGAUUAUCAAAAUGAAUUUAAUCCAUUGAUGCAAUCAGUUUUCAGACUAACUUAA